UUCAAUCAUCACAUAGUCUUCGACCAUGACGGCCUUCAAAGUGUGCGUGUUUGUAACUUUAGUGACACUUUCGAGUGCUUCCCCGACAAAACCUGCCUUCUGGAAAGGCACUUCUUUCGAUUCGAGUGUGGAAGAGAUGAGAUCUUUGUGUACGGAGGACGAUCCAAUUGCUUGUCUUAAAUACAAAGCGAUUUCUUUCCUAGACUCAAUUUUACAAAAGGAUAACUUCCAAAUUAGUGAAGGAGUUGAAGUGACUAGAAAUAAUAACGAAGUUGUUACAAGCCGGAGCGAAAACUCAAUCGAAGACAACAUUGAAGGUUUCAUCAAAACUCAUGAUGUCAAAAUUGAUGCUCCAUUGUUCGGAACCAAGGUCACUCUUGGUGCCAGAAACUUGGAUAGUGAUGAAAUUGAUCUUAAAUUGAAUUUCGGAAGUCCAGUUGAAGCACGAAAAUCUAAACUGAAGAAGAUUGUGAUCCCAAUUCUGGUGUUUGUUCUACUGAAAGCCAUGACUUUGGUCCCUCUUGCGCUCGGAAUUUUAGGCUUGAAAGCCUGGAAUGCCCUUCAAUUAUCCUUCUUCUCCUUCAUCGUCGCUGUAGGUUUAGCCGUUUUCCAACUUUGCAAGAAAAUCGCCUCCGAACACGCCCCACCUCAAAUCUCGGCACACCCACCAUGGGAAGCGGCACAUUACGCCGCCAGAGCUCUUUCAGACUCACAAGAAGCCCAAAAUCUGGCCUAUUCCGCACACAAACCUUAAAUUAUUGUAUUUAUAACGAAAUAAAAAAUUGUUUUGUUGAUUCAAA